AAUGCGUCUUGUGAUUGACGGUACUUCGUCUUCUCUUCGUUGAUUUGUUAUCUACAAAAGUCUGGUAGUAUGUUUUUUCUGAAGAAACAGCCCAAAUGGCCUUUCAAAUGAGACGACAAGAUGAUUGAAAUCGAUAACGCUGAUCAUACCAAAUUUGAGAAGGUUCCAGACGCUUCUGCUGUAAACGUCCAUGGAACCAUCACAGGAACCCAUUCGGAUCUAGAAAUGCGAAACAAAGUAGUAUGUUGCCUCCGUGAGCUGCUUCAUGUAGUUCAGUCAUUUUAUCAUGAAGAUGUCGUCGAACUAAAUUUUAUACAAAGUGGUUCUCUUCUUAUUGAAUUUUAUGAAUGGAGGCGAAAAAAAACGCAAGAAUUAAUGCAAGCACUUUGCUCAGGUCAUCUUGAUCCAGAGGACCUUUCCUUGGUCAGUGAUUACAUGUCGGGACAUGUUAAUAGCGAUGCUAUUUUCCCACCGAAUGGGGCUUUUCCUUCUUGUUUGGGUUCCCAACCAGUCUCUUUGGAUAAUGACUCAGAGGAUGACGAAGACGAACGUCGGUUGGACGAGAAUUCCCUACUGAAAUAUGCAGUGGAUGAAGUAAGCAUUCUCAAACGUGUCCUUGAACUUAAACGGGAUGGCUUAUGGUCAAUCGACGAUUCAUCUUGUGGAACAACAGAAACUGGAAGUAUCGAUAUCUCAACUAGUAUUUCUUUAGUUCCACCUUCUGAGCCAACAUAUCGUACUUACAGUGAUUAUAUGUUUGCAGAAAUUAAUUGGUUAGCUGAAGAUUUUAAGCGUGAACGUCAAUGGAAACGAGUGUCCGCUAAGAAACUUGCACUAACCGCCCUCAAAUGUUGUCGAGACAAGAGUGAACGGGCGUUAAAAAUAGAAAAGGAGGAGGUGGUCCGUAUUCGGAAGAUGUGUGCAUUUAUUGCUAGGAUGGUUCGUGAUUGGUGGCGUCAGAUGGAUAAGAUUGUUCAAGCCAAACAACAAGUACGACUAACUGCUAAACGUCAGCAAGCCAUUAGUUCACAUCUUGGUCAAGUACUUGAAACAACUGAGGAGUAUACUCGUUGGUUAACUGAAGGAAUAACCAGUUCUAAACCAAAGAAAACUACUGUUAGUAGUAUUCAGUCAUCUGGAGGCAACAAUCAAAACGAAAAUGUAUCAGAUAGUGGGCAGUGUAUUCUGAAAUCUCCUGUAAGGGAACUUGACACAUCCGACGAAGAGUUCACUGUAGAUGAAGUAGCUUUGAAUGAAGUUGAUGAUGAAGAAACUAUAGAGCAGGAAGAAAAAAUCGCCAUAGAAGAUCAACAUGGUUCUGAGACUUCUACAGCUGUGGAGCUUGAACAAUUAGCAGCUGAUGCCGAUUGUCCAUUAGAAGAUCUUUUGCCUCCCGGAUAUCUCGAAUUCAUCACAUCUAAUUCUUCAGUGAUUUCAGAAGCACAACAUUCGUCAGCCAGUGAGGUUAAGGAUUCUGGCGAACCAUACAAUAGUGAAAGUAUAGAAGCUGAUGCAGUUUGUCAGGUCAUCACAUGCUCUUCUGAAAUCCCUAACGAAUGUCAGUAUCCAGAGAAAAGUGAAGAAACUAAGUCUGAAGUUCAUGUUUCUGUCUUUGAAAAGAAAGAGUUAGAUAUGCCUAAAUUAGAAGUAAGUUUAUCACUGAAAGAAACAAUGAUCAAUUCCGCUAAUAAGAACGAGCCCAACUUCGAAAUCUCCUCAAACACGUUUGAUGUAAAAUCAAACUCACAGUCUCUACUAACUAAAGAGAUUGAAGAUGCUGAUAAUGAAGUGCAACUAGCGAACUCAAAUGUAAACGAGUGUCCAUCAGUAAAAAGGGGUUCUGAAAUAACACUAAAAAGGCUUAUGGAUCACGAAGUAAAUGCUAGUGUAAUGGAAGCUGAAAGUAAUACUAAUGUGGUUCUCACUAACAGUAAAGGCAAAGAAACACAAAAGUCAUCCUGUCAAACAUCUGCGGGUGAACCGAAUAUUGAGUCUACAACGAAUGAAGGAAAAAAUGCUUCCUCAGGAGUUGGCUUAGCUACAGUAUCUUCCCCCUUUCUCCUCUCCGGUGGCAAUCUUAGGGAAUAUCAGUUAGUUGGCUUGUCUUGGCUGGUCGCCACUUAUGACAAGCGUUUAAAUGGAAUCCUCGCUGACGAAAUGGGUCUAGGUAAAACUAUCCAGACGAUUUCACUACUGGCCUAUUUAGCUUGUGAGCGAGGAGUUUGGGGGCCUCAUUUGAUUGUUGUCCCAACUAGUGUUAUUCUCAAUUGGGAGGUGGAAUUCAAACGCUGGUGUCCGUCUUUCAAGAUCCUGACUUAUUUUGGUAACAUGAAAGAAAGAAAAUAUAAAAGAAAGGGUUGGACGAAAACAAAUGCUUUUCAUGUAUGUAUAACAUCAUACAGAUUAGCUAUUCAAGACGCAAUCGCUUUUAAACGUAAAAAAUGGAAAUAUCUCAUUUUAGACGAGGCUCAAAACAUAAAAAACUUCAAAUCUCAACGUUGGCAAACUCUGCUUACUUUCAAUAGUCAGCGGCGUUUACUCCUUACUGGUACACCAUUACAAAAUUCCUUAAUGGAACUCUGGUCCUUGAUGCAUUUUUUAAUGCCAAAUAUAUUUCAAUCUCAUCGAGAUUUUCAAGAAUGGUUUGCCUCACCCAUUACAGGGAUGAUUGAAGGGAAUACUGACCAUAAUGAAUUACUGGUUCAGAGGCUACAUAAAGUUCUUCGUCCUUUUUUGUUACGGCGUCUCAAAGCGGAUGUUGAGCGUCAACUCCCAAAGAAGUACGAACAUGUUAUCAUGUGUAGAUUAUCAAGAAGACAACGGUUUUUAUACGAUGAUUUCAUGUCACUUGGAAGCACUCAGGAAACCUUAAAAUCUGGCCAGUUUCUAUCAGUCAUGAACAUACUUAUGCAGCUACGAAAGGUUUGCAAUCAUCCAAAUCUGUUUGAAACUAGGCCAAUCAUAUCUCCGUUCCGGGUAGCCGAUUCAUAUUUAACAUAUUCUCUUCCAAGAUUGCUGGUAUCUAUGAGUCAUCCCUUCUUAGUAUUUGCCCCGAGCGCGAACGGUAGUCGAAGUGUUUUCGGAUCAGCUUCAGCAUUUUCUGAUCCUGAUUUAGAUUGGUUGGAUACCGCGGGAUUGGUUGCUCGUCUCUUGGGGCAAACGAUGAAUUUAGUCGAAAUGGCUCGGGAUUUACCAGGCUUUGUCGCAAGACGAUGUCAUCAAUUGUGUGCACGAGAAAACUUGAUUACCACUAUUGACUCUAGUGACGUAAUCGAUGAUGUCACUUCUCAGAGAAUACAGUUUAACGAACUGAAGAAAUCCCGAAAAUCUCAAGGAGAAUUUCUGAACAGAUCCCCCUUAUUUGAUUCAAAGUGUUUUGUGUAUUCUGAUGGAUAUUAUCCUGCGCUGUCGUCCCCCACUAAUCUCGAACCCACUAUAGUUAAAGUUGACUUCCCGAAAAAUACUUGGGAUAUUGGUAUGCCAAAGUCCUGCUUACGUCGUCGUUUUGUUGAACGAUGUAACAGAUUGCUGUUGAUGAGUAGAAUUAAUGAACGCCGUUGUGAUUUAACGUUCAAAUCUUAUUCAAAUGAUAUUGGGACGUAUUGGGACCAUGGAACCCACAUUGGGCCAGAUUUGAUUUUUCUCAUUAAUCGUUUGAUGCUUGAAAAACCUGUCGAAAAUCUACAGGAUGUCCACAUGUAUCCUGGUCUCAUUAAUGGCGCAGUUUACUGUCAACAAAGCCUGCGUACCUGGCCGGUAAAGGGCUCUCCUCUAAGCAGUAUUAUAAGUUCUGCGGUUGACCAAAUAUCUUGUUUUGAAGGUAAUCUACAUCAAAUGAGUUCACUCAGUAUGGAAUCCAUUAGCUCUAGACGUACGUCCUGGCUUCGAUCAUCUCGUUCUCUUCGAGAGAUGUUACACAGCCCCGGUGAUUACUUAAAUGAUUUACGCGAAAUUCUCAAAAGGUUCGUUUUUGUAGUGCCUGCUGUUAUAUCAUCGGGUUUUACACUUCAAGUUUCCAAUCAUGCUCUGGAGCAUCAACUUAUCAAUCAAGAAAUUCGGAUUCGAGAUAUGCUUCUAUCCUCAGGGUGUUUACAUCCUUUGUUUUUUCCUAUGAACUCAUCUGAAUAUCAUGAACGAAAAACCUUGAACCGUUUAACAACUUGGAGUCCUCAGAUGUGGUUGAUGCCAUCAAAGUUACAUCAGUUGGUUAUGUCCUGUCGUAUUCAAUUCCCUGAUCCACGUCUGAUACAAUACGACUGUGGAAAACUACAACGACUACAUAGUUUGCUACGUGAACUUAAGUCAGGGAAUCAUCGCGUUCUUAUUUUCACUCAAAUGGCUCGGAUGCUAGAUAUUUUAGAGCAAUUUUUAGCAUAUCAUGGACAUCGUUAUUUACGUCUGGAUGGAACCACGAAAGUGGAACAGCGCCAAGUUUUAAUGGAGCGUUUCAAUCAGGAUAGUCAAAUUUUCGUUUUUAUACUAUCUACUCGUUCUGGGGGUUUAGGAAUCAACCUGACUGGAGCUGACACGGUUAUAUUUUAUGAUUCCGAUUGGAAUCCCACUAUGGAUGCUCAAGCGCAAGAUAGGUGCCAUCGGAUCGGACAAACUCGUGAUGUUCAUAUUUAUCGCUUGAUAAGUGAAAGAACAGUGGAAGAAAAUAUAUUACGGAAAGCUAAUCAAAAACGCUUCCUUAGUGACGUGGCUAUUGAAGGGGGCAAAUUCACUACAGCUUUUUUCAAACAAAAUACCAUAACAGAAUUAUUUGCAGAGCCAUCUGGACUUCAGGAUUUAGCAAAAAUGAAAAGAUCAGCUACUCUUAUAGAGACUUCGCUUUCUCAGUCUGAUAAAAAAUGCAUGGAUUCUGAUUUUAGAAGUGUAUCUCAGUCUGAAGAUCGAGUUGUAGUUACACGUCUUGUCCCAGAAAUUCGUCCCGAUGGUUGCAUGUUAACCUCAGCAUCUGCCUCUCCACGUGGUGUCAGUGCAAAUGAAUCAGCAGGUCUUACAUCAAAUGCUGAAGCCCAGUUGGAAGCUCUGCUUGAUGCUUGUGAAGAAGAAAGUGAUCGUAUUGCCGCCAGACGAGUGUUAGAUGAGGCAAAAGCAGAUUUGGCAGAGUUCGAAGAAAAAUCACCUUACAAUGAAGACAACAAUGAUUCUAUCAUUGCUGAUGAUAAUAAUGGUUCAAAUGUUCCUUCUGUAACAGUUAUAGAACCAUUUUCUCGUCUUCGAAACUGUCUACAGCAAUCAGAUGAAGACAAUGCUGCAUCACAAAAUACAAAUGAAACAUUGGAAACAAUCGAGCAAAUUGUGGAACGUGAGUUACUUGGCUUCGAAUCCCAGUUAAAACCUGUUGAGCGAUUUGGAGUUCGGCAAGUUGAAGAGCAAAGAGAACAUAUGCUAAAUGAACAGUUAGAUAUGGCUGACGCCGAAUUAAUAGAGUCCGAAAAGGUAUGGCAUCUUGAAAAACUGAAAGCCUUACAUGAGGCAGACGAACAGCGAGCUGAUUCAGAAGAUGAUGACAUGUUUUACUGUUGCGGUAAAUAUGAUCUCUCCAGCCAGUUAGCUGAAUUGGAACGUUUAGAGAGAAUCCGUAUGGAGGAAACUAAUGAUGCAGAUGCGUCGAUUAACCUUUUAGAUUCUGGACAGAUAUUUUCUAGUGGCCGAUCCAAAUAUCCUAGGAAGCGACCAUAUGAUUCGUGUUCAGCUGCACAUAAAGUCCAAGCUCGACAGGUAGUGUGUCCACGACUUUCACGGACAAACAAGUCAACGAGGUCUUCAGGUGUUGGAAAGGUGCCUAAACGACUGAGGUUGGAUAAACCGAAAAAACCGAUAGAUAUUACAUUCGUUUGUGACAAUGAAAAAGACGAAAUAAACAUCAAUCGAGAUAUUAGUAAAAGAGGCAAGUCUACAAAUCAGCCAACACAAAUUAAUAUUAUUGAAAGUAGUAAAACUGGAAUCGAGGCAUUUGUUGAGAAAAUGCAUUUUCCACCGACGGUCCACACCAAAAGAUUUCAUAAGUCUGGUAUUCGAAAUAAUCUCUACUCACAAAACAAUAAUCCUCAAUCUAAAACUGGUGCAUUUUUACAACAGGAUGUAAUGUCUUCCAGUAAACUCGAAAAGAAUUAUUUAUCAUCCCGGUCGUAUCCGAUUCCAGAACUCUCUGAAGAGAAUGUAAGCUACAAAGGAUCGGAAGAGAUCCAUCAUUUCGACCAAUCACAUUCGCAAUACAAUAGAUCAUCUACUCAAACUCAGAAAAGGAUAGACAGACGAAAUACAGAAUGUGAUCUUCCAGAUAAAGUGUUUCGAUUUGAUGCACCGAAUUCUGUGUUUUCUUCCAACCACUACGAUCCUGAAAAUGUGGCGCAUGAGGAAAUUGUUGAAGCUAAUAAUUUAGUUGAGUUACCUUUCAAUCAACAGUCAAAUAAUGUUCUCACAGACGCAUUCGAGGUUUCUGUGGGGAGUUCAACUAAAUUACAGUCUGAACGAAUACCUGGUUUUCACAAUGAUAUCUCUGUAAGUACAUCUCUUUUCAUAUUCACUUUAAUAUUAUAGUUAAUCAGCUUAUUUCAGGUGAAAUUUGUUACUGAGAAUCUGGGAUACAUUGUCUUUAAGACACGUAUGCUAUGAAAAGUGUGUUGGUAACAGUAUGUUUCAAAAAUUUAUUUUUUUAUUGUCACAUUCUUCAGUUAUAGAUCAUAUAGUUCAGAUCCCAUAUUUUUUCUUAUUACUUAAACUCUAAUAUAUUAACUAUCGAAUGAUUACUGAUCAUUAGGGUCUCUGUGAGUUGUCUUUGGAUCAAUUAGUGAUCUGUUUACCCUAUGUUCUAUGGACUUGGUGUUCUGAAGAAACGUAGAUUAAGUACGAUAAAUUUUGUGAACAGUAAAACUAGUGUCUGUCCAAAUAUUAACUCUAUUUAUUGUUGUGUAUUUCCUGUAGUGUGUAAACUUCAUUUACACUUUGAUGUUCUGAUGUUUCUUCUAGGCUUCAGAAGGGCUCAGUGCUACUGGUAUAUCAUGUUCGAAAUAUGUUGGACCAUCAACCACCACUACUCCUGGUAUACAUUUACAAAACAGGUACCAAAAGUCACCGGAUAUACCGUUUCGUCUGUUGAGCCCGACGACCCCGUUGGUUCAGCAUCCUCCGGAGCCCAUGAUUCCUGUUCAGUCUAUUCCCGAUGGAAGUCACCUGAAUUUAACAGCAAGACAAGUAUUGGCUUCAACUGGCCAACCUGUGUUUGUAAUUACCCGCCAAAUGAAAACACCGUCGGGUAAGUUUUGCAUGCCUACUUAGUUUCCGAAUUUUCAAGCAAGGAUGAUCGUCGUUUUUAUGAAAAUCCUCAUUAGUUAUGUGAUAAGUCAUAAAAUAAAUCCGAUGUACGUAAAAUGUUUUAGGACGUAAACAACGUCUCUUUAACCAUGUUUUUCAAAGCAUAAUGACGUCGUUCGGAGAUAAGACUUCCCGCACUGAAAAUCUUAAGAUGGAUAUUUGCUAAAAUUUCACUUUGUAAGCUUAAAUAACAUCGAUUUAUUGUGUAUCCUAUAGUUUUUCAUGAUUAUUCGUACUUCAGGCGCAACCAAACUUGAAAUUUUUAUUUCAGAGGCUUUAAUGGUAGUUGGAGUUGGACGUAAUCCCAUACCAUUGGUAUCGAUCGCUGAUCUUCCUAGUUUGUAAGAAAAAACCGUAUCAUUCUUUCAACAGCCCAAGAGGAGUGAUUUUCACUAGUGUGGAUUUUAGGACUUUAGCUUUCAUAGUCAUCGACAUCUGACUCCAUCUCAGGAAUGACAAACCCAGGAACGCAAGACCAAUUUUAUCUUUCGUAGUGGACUUGUUGAUCGAAUUUUUUCUCGUCCUUUUUCCAGAUAUAAUUACUUUACCAUUUAGUGAGUACACUUACAAAUUACGAAGCCUUUGAGAUACUUAUCAUGACAAUAAACGUUCAGAAUGUGUUUUCUAGCUGGUAUUUGCUUUGAUAACCAAGUCUAAAAUCUGGUUAGUUAACAUUGUCUUUUUCUUGCAGGCGAAAUAUAUCAACAACGCUUUACCCAUCCCGUUGUUCCGCCAUCACAGUUUACACGCAUGGUUUAUCGAUUACAAAAGCCGUUGGGGAUCUCUUCUCGAACCUCUACAAUUUUAGAAACUAAUCGUAUUCGACAACCUCAACUACCGACCGAAUCUUCAAUAACUUGUAGACCGGCAAUGUUGAGUAAUCCUCCUACUGCAGGUGCGUUAGUUAUGAGACCAGUCGCUAAAACUGUAAAUGCAAACGUGUCUCCUGAUUCUGGAUUACUGGAUAUGACAACCUCUGUAAAGCAUUUUUCUCAACCUCCCCAAUUUUCAGCGAAUGGCAUUAAGUGUGCAACAAGCAUUCCUGUGAUAAGAAUGAUUAAUUGUGACACUAACAAAACAAGUCCUAUCAUACGACUGGUCUCCUCAGAAAUAAAUCAUAUCAACAAUGAUGUGACCCAUUCACAUAAUUCUCAGUCGGUUUCAGCCCUACUUACGCCAACUAAUACUGUUCGAAUCGGGAACACUGUACGACUCAUUCCCAAUCACAUUCCCAAUUCCAAUGCACAGGUUAUUAGAUUACAGCGUGUAGUCUCCAACUUGACGCAUCCCAAAAACACGUGAUCUUCAACUAAGAAAAGAAACCAAUCAUUUGGUCGUCAAUGUAUAUAUAUUUGUGAAUAUAAUGUAUCUAAAUUGUACAAUAUUGUAUAGUUACUUCAUAAGAUUUUGUCUGAAAUAAAAUUCUUAUGAU